AUGACGCUGAUGACGGGUGUUUCCCGGUUGGUGUUCGAGCUCUCCCCCAAGCGCAUGCACCGCCUGCCUGACGGAGGGGCGCACGCGUGGCGAUCCCAUGCCGCCUUUGGGGCAGCAGGCCCUGUGCCUUCUCCUGUUACUGCGAGCAGCGCACGGGCACCCUGGCACGCGCUUUCUCGUUGCGCAGCUGCUUCUAGCAGCCUUUCGCGCAGAUUCGCCCCUUCCACCCGCACGGAGAGCCUCACGCGUUGCCUCUUUGUCCAGUCGAGUUCCAGGAUUCUAUCGAGCCCUUGUGCUGCCCUCCCCCCAACUCCGAGAUGCAGGCAGCGCUUGGCUGUGCCUCCCAGCCAAGCCUCUUUCACAGAGGCAAGGAGAAGCGCAGAAAGUGCAGCAACUCAGAGGGAGUCGACUGGCCUAAACGGAGGCCUUGGCAGUACCGGGACUGCCCACUCCAGCCCACCUAACGAAGCCAAUCGCAGCUCGUCUGAGUUCAUGAAAGCCUUCGGGAUGGACGGCGCUUCUGUACGGGCGGCUCCUCUGUGGAGGUUUCUUGCAGCAGGAGUGUGGCCAGUGAGCCGUUCGCUGCGGGUGCGUGUGGCCGCUGCACUCGCAUCUCUUUUAGCAGCGAAGUGCCUUACCAUCGCGGCUCCAGUGGCGCUGGCAGGUCUUGUUGAUCACUUUACCGUGGCUGCUGGAGAAGGGAUGGCAGAAAUCGCAGGCGGGGCAGCAGCAGCGGCAGGAGCAGCAGCAGCAGGAGGAGCAGCAGCAGCAGCAGGAGGAGCAGCAGCAGCAGCGGGGGCAACUGCGUAUGGGGCCCUCUUAUUACAUCCUGCCCUUCCCGUGGGCUUGGUAAUUAGCUAUCCCCUUGCGAGACUAGGGGCCUCAGCCUUCACCGAGUUGCGCACCGCUCUUUUCGCCCGCGUCGCGCAGCGGGCUUCCUGCGAGUUGGCGGCCGUUGCUUUUUCUCACAUGCAUUCCACUUCGUUCACCAACAUUAACAAGAUUGGGGAGCUGACUUCGGUGCUGACACGAGGAACUCGUGCCAUCUCGAUGCUGCUAAACGUUCUCCUGUUUCAGGUGGUACCAACAACCCUCGAGUUCCUGAUGGUCUUGGCGUUGCUGAAGCUGCGAGUAGGCUGGACAGUGGCAGCCACUGCCAUAGCGACAAUUUCCGCCUACUGGGCUUUUACAGCUGUUAUCACGACAAAGCGAGCUAAGCUGAGACGCGAGAUGAACCGCCUCGAGAGCCUUAGUGCGGGGCUUUUGGUAGACUCUCUGGCGAAUGCAGAGGCCGUGAGGUACUUCACUGCCGAGGCGCACGAGGCACAUCGCUUCGGCGCAGUGCAAUCCCAAAUAGAACAGCAGACGGCGAAAGUCAACGAGUCUCUUGCCUUCCUCAACUUCGGUCAGCAGUUCAUCUUCACCAGCGGCCUCGCCUUAGCCCUUGUGCACACUGCGAAUCUCGUGGCUGCCGGCUUAGCGCCAGUUGGUCAAAUCGUCCUUGUGAGCACACUGCUCAUGCAGCUGGCGAUUCCCCUGAACUUCAUUGGCACCGCUUACAGAGAACUCACACUAAACACGAUCGACUUGGAAAAGCUGCAGGAACUUCUGCAGCUGCAGCCAAUCGUACGAGACCCUCCAAAUCCUGUGGUUUUUCAACUGCGCGGCGGCUCUGUAGAAUUCAAGGACGUCACGUUCGCGUAUCCUCCCUCUCAGCCCCUCGAUCGAAUGCUGCUGCAGCGUGGUCAGAAAUCCCAGCAGCCUUCCGCAGAGAGCCCCACGUCUCUCUCCGCGCCAGCCUCAGGCAAGCUGGUUCUGAACGGCUUUUCUCUUGAAGUUCCUGCUGGCAGGCGGGUGGCACUGGUGGGAGAAUCAGGCUCUGGCAAGACGACCUUGAUUCGCCUCUUGUAUCGCCUCGCUGACCCUCUUCGCGGCGUUGUAUCCAUAGAUGGACAAGACCUGAAGACGCUUCCCAUGAUGUCUUUUAGGCGGCACAUUGGCGUGGUCCCCCAAGAUGUAGCGCUCUUUAACGAGUCCCUUGACUUCAAUCUUCGCUACGGUAGUCCGCAUGCGACGGACGAACAAGUCAAGGAGGCCAUCCGGCUAGCCGAGCUCACAGAUCUGGUGGAGUCGCUGCCCGCUGGUCUGGACACGCCUGUUGGUGAUCGAGGUUUGCGCCUUAGCGGAGGAGAGAAGCAGCGCGUAGGAAUCGCGCGUUGCCUCCUGCGGAAUCCAGAAAUCGUCUUGUUUGACGAAGCGACCAGCGCGUUGGAUACGCACACGGAGCACAAAAUACUGAAAGCUCUACGUGCGGUAUCUCAUGGCCGCACCACGCUGGUCAUCGCUCAUCGCCUCUCCACUGUUGCGGGGGCAGACACAAUAGCUGUACUUUAUGGAGGCCGGGUUGCAGAAAUCGGAACACAUGGGGGCCUUCUGAGAAAGCCUAACGGGCUGUAUGCUUCUAUGUGGAACAGACAGCGGGAAGGUCAAACGCCAGAGGCCUCUGGUCGCUACUAG